AUGAACGUUUCUAGGUGGGUCUUGCUUUGUGGUGUGCUUUAUCACGAGAUUGUAACAGUUACAGGAUUGGGGCUGGGCUCCUUCACGUUUCCUCUUAUUGUCUACAACAUUAUACUUCAUGCAUACGUAGCAUCUAUGCCUAUAAAUAUUAUCAUCCAGAGUUCUUAUAUUUUUCGUGUCUUACAUCAAACAUUAUUGGCAAUCAUGUCGAAAAUUUCGAUGACGAUGAAUGCUAUGUUUGCAACCCUGAUGAUGUUCCUCUUGUGUUACCCAUCAGUGGCUAUAUUAAUAAACAGGCUUAAACUACCGUCACCACUGACAGGCCCUGAGUCAAUCGCAUUUGACAGAAACGGUGGAGGGCCUUAUGUUGGUGUUUCUGAUGGAAGAAUUCUCAAAUAUGCAGGUCCAAACCAAGGUUUCCAGGAGUAUGCUUACACUUCGCCAAACAGGAACAAGACAAUUUGUGAUGGGCUUGCUGACUUCUCAACGCUCCAAGCAUCAUGUGGGAGGCCUUUAGGAUUGCGUUUCAAUCAUCAGACGGGCGAGUUGUAUGCAGCCGAUGCUUAUUUUGGAAUCCUCAAAAUUGGGCCUAACGGAGGCCCCCCAACUCAAUGCAUUCAAUAUACACUGCCGCCGCCGCCGCCACCACCGUUUAAGUUUCUUGAUGGCUUGGAUGUAGACGUCAACACUGGAGUCGUUUAUUUUACUGAAGCUAGUGCUAAUUACCAGAUCAAAGAUUUCCCAGAAUUGGUACGCCGCAGAGAUAGUUCUGGAAGCUUGUUUUCCUUUGAUCCAAGCACCAACCAAACGAAAGCAUUGAUGAGGGGUCUUGCUUUCCCAAGUGGGGUAGCAGUAAGCAGAGAUGGGUCAUUUGUCCUAGUUAGUGAAUUCUUGACAAAUAGAAUUCAUAGAUUCUGGCUGAGAGGGCCAAAAGCAAAUUCAUCUGAAAUAUUCUCGCAACUUACGGGGAGCCCAGAUAAUAUUAGGAGAAAUCCAAAUGGUCAAUUUUGGGUGGCAAUGAACAGUUUUAUAGGACCACCUCCACCUCCGAGGCCUACCACUGUGCCUUCAGGGCUCAGAAUCAAUGAAAAUGGUAUAGUUUUACAGAUUGUGUCUCUUGCUCAGGAGUUUGGUAGUGAUCAAGUAAGUGAGGUUCAUGAGUUCAACGGGACACUCUAUUGUGGCUCCUUGCGUGCUUCCUAUGUUACCAUUUCAACUAUAUUCUAG